UAGCUAUGGGUGAAUGUUUAAUGCAAUAAAAUCCAAACUCAUCAACGAAAAAAAAAAGGAAGUUUGUGAAAUUUUGUUUCAAAUAUGAGAACUUGACUAACCUGCACUCCUUCAAUCUGUUUGACUUGCACUGGAGGAGAGCUGAAUCUGAAUACUGAAAACUAAAGUGUAUACGGAAAUUAAGAAUCCAAUAUCAACUACAUAUUACAAAGGCAGUCAUCAUUUAGACAGUGGUUAAUAACGAGUGAGAGAUAGUCAAGCAUAAAAAUACACAGCAAAAACUGUGUCAGAAAGAGACGUAUGUCACUACCGAUAGCCCAUGUACAUAUACCCAGGAGUAUAACGAGUAGAUUAAUCUAUAAUCAAUGUUUGUUACAAUGUUACCACUAUACACUGAAAUUUAAUCGAUAUCUACACAAUUCUGAAAACCUAAACGCCAUACAAUACUUUCAAUUUCCAUUACCGAGCUCUUCAAUUUGAAGGCGCGUUUAGUAGCGUUGUCUGGGACAAGCGUCAUAUCGCGUCACGUAAGUUGUCAACGAUGGCGUCGAACUAUCACGGAUUGCAGUGCGCAGACCUCAAACAAAUACUCAAAUCGAAAGGUAUUCCCUUUUCAAACAAAAAUAAACAAGAUCUUGUUGACUUGUGUGAAAGUGCGGAUGCUCUUGAUUUACCACAAAUCAAUCUUGACGAUGUGGAGGCCUCAGUCAAGAGACGGACUGUUCGCGGGAUAACGUUCCCACAGCCUAAUGACAAGGAUUCUGACAUCGUUUGGACACCCAAUCUCGCUAACAUUCCUUCAGUCGACACCUUCGAUGUUACGAGUUUUCUGCAGAAUUACUGUGGGUGGUCUGCAGAACGCAUACGGAGAAGAAAAUCCGACAAUGGGUAUAAACUACAUUGUUCCGGCCACAUCCAUGAUGUUACAAUGGCAGUAUUAGGACCGAAACCAGCUGGACUGGUUUGAUACUGGGAUUGAACCAAGAUCUUUUGAAUGUUAAGGAGAAAAUGUGGAAAUUACUUAGCUACCUGUCAGUUCCUGGAGCAUGUCAUGGAAAUGAUCUGUGUUUCAUCAAGGGCAGAUGUGUUCCCGAAACAAGGCAGUCCAGUGAACCUUAUUCCCCAUGGAUUCUUGUUGAGAAUUCAGGGCACAUUUUUUCAGCUGAAUGUACAUGUGUUGCGGGGGAUGGAUCAUGCAAACAUGUCGUUGCCCUACUAUUUGGCAUUAUCGAUCAUGUUAUAUCCAUGGAAGACAGAAGUACCAUAGGAGUGACUGAUACUGCAGCAUAUUGGGACAAACCUAGAAAAGUUUGCAGGCCAAUAGCUGUUAAUGACUUGGAUAUCAGGUUUGAUAUGAAUCUACCCGAUAAGGCACGCCCAUCUGUGGAUUCUGGCUAUCUACCCCUGAAAUCGGCAACACUGGAUCAAAGGGCAAUAGAGAAAGGCAUCAUGAAAGUCUUAAAGCAAAGCCAGACAGCUGCAGUGGCAUUAUAUACUCUGUCUGAUUCUGACAGCGAAAGUGAUGUGUCAAUGUUGGUUGAAGAUACUCCUCUUAACAUCAUUGAACUUUUGGCCAAACAUGGGCAAGAGAAUCUCAGCAUUGAAGAUUCUUACAUAAAUCAAGUUAGGGAACUAACAUGGGGCCAAUCAAAUAACUUGAUGUGGCAUUAUCAAAGGAAAGGUAGACUAACUGCAUCUAACUUUUACAGUGCAUUUCAUUACAGAGGCAACAGCACAGAAAAUUACAUUGUAAAGAGUAUCUUGGGAAAAUACCAAUUUACUUCGAAGUCUGUUGAAUAUGGGAAGUCACAAGAACCUGUUGCCAGAGGAAAGUACAUUGAGUACAUGUCCAGUCGGCAUCCAUCAUUUCAGUGUUCUGAGACAGGUAUCUUUGUGUACAAGGACUUUCCUUACCUUGCCGCUUCCCCAGAUGGUGUUACAGAAUGUAAAUGUUGUGGAAAAGGACUGUUGGAAAUCAAAUGUCCAUUCAGUUUUCAGAAUGAAAUUUUUCAGGUUGCUAUGUCAAAAAAUUCAUCUUGUAUUUCAGCUCAUGGCAAAUAUGAAUUGAAAAAAAAUUUGUCCUCUCCAUAUUAUGUCCAGAUGCUUGGUCAAAUGGCAAUAGGAAAUUUUUCAUUUUGUGAUUUUGUCUUAUAUACAAAGAAAGAUAUUCAUGUUGAAAGAGUUCACUAUUCAAGUGCAGAUUGGGAAUUGCUGUCAGACAAACUGAAGAGUUUUUAUACAUGCUUUGUCCUGCCAAAAUUGGUUUAGAUGAAACCAGUUGCAUACAUGUUAUAUUUUGUAUACAUAAAUUUCUUUUGACAAAACCUUUUUUUCAUAUACCAUGUAUUCUUGACCUUGUGACCUUCACCUUCUCCAGAACAAGAUUAAUUUAGUCAUGUUGGUAUCAAAUCAUCCCCAUGUUUUUGAAUUCAAGUUCAGUUAUGUCAUGACCCUUUUCGGCUAGGUUGAGGCCACAAUAUGGGGUCCAAUUUUUUUAUGGGAAUAAAAAUUGAUAAAUUAUGUAAGAUAUCAAAAAGAAAAUCAAUUCAAAGUUAAUUUAAGUAAUCAUAUUUCAUCUUGUGACCAUGUUGAAACAUACUUUCUUAUAAAACCUGACUGAAUAGUUUUCACAAAGACCAUUCAGAUUGCAAACAGGCAUAGUGAAAGUUUUUAAGUAAUUCAACCAAACCUCAGUUAGAUUUUGAUAGACACAGCUUGUCAUAAUGUUUCAAAAUACUAAUACUUAAUUGCAUAUUCAUUUAAGAAUUAUCAUAUAUGUUUUAAUAUUGAUAUAAUUAUUAUAUGAUAAUAUUACCAUUAGUUUUAGUACAGUGUAUGCUAUGCAUAUGUUGCAAUAUGAAUUUCUCAGGGGUUUUUUUCACUGCACUGUGCAUGCUGCUUGUUAUUCCUUAAGCAUGUUGCUUUUUAUUCAAGAUUCUGCACAAUGUGACACAGGUCCAUACAAAGGAAAUGUAAUUAUAAAUUGAAGUUUUUACACAAGUUGUUUGAUGAAUUUAUUAAUGUGCAUUGUGCAUGUACUUAAUGGGAAUCACUAUUUCAAUGAACACAUUUGAACAAACAAUCAAUGUUUCAAUAAAGAUUACUUUCCAAAGAUAAUGAUGUAUCAUAUUCAUAAAAUACAAUUCCUACAUUUUGUAGUACAUACAUUUGCAUACUGUAAAUGUCACUGCUAUGAGAAAAGUGAACUUUAAAGCAAUAUUAGCUGUAAUAAUUAGGUGUUGAAAACUUUUGUUGAAAAAUUAUGGUUUAUACUUCUUUAAAAAAAAUUCAACUUGCAUUACAAAAAUUAUUCAGAAGUUCAGAAUGAAACAAAAUUACUUUAUUGUCUCCCCAUACAAAAUUUUGUUUAAUGUCAAAGCUACAUAUUCAAUAGAACCAGGAUCUUUAUUUUGACUUAGUUUCAAUUUUACCAAGAAUAAUACAUGAAGUAGAAAUUACAGACAAAACUAUUAAAAUAAUAUAUUUUUACAACUGUACAACUUAAAAUUUUGAGAUUUAGAGCUAAUAUUGUUUUAAUAUAUAUAGUGUCACAUGAUAAACAAUGUUCUAUUUAAAUUUCUUUGACAAAGGUGGCAGAAAGUUACAAAAAGCUGCAGCUACUCUCAACAUUGCAGAUGACAAAUUUUUCAUGUUAAGGGGUAGAAUUCCUCCCAACAUUUUGAAAGAUUUUAGUCUUCUAAUAGCUCGCUCCACAUGAAUACGAAGUGAAGCAAUCUUGCGAGUCUCAAGAAUUUGCUUUGAAGUUAGCACCCUUCCUUUGCCAUUUCUUUUUUCAUGUGUAAAAGGUGGCAUGUUCAAGUAUGCACCUUUCAAAGUAAGAAGGUCUCGUAUCUGGAAUCCCCUGUCGGCCAUCACCUCAUCCCCUGGAGAAAUGUGAUUAAGAUAUUUGCUCUCAAUUGUAAUUUUUCUGUCACUGAUAUUGCCACUCCAGAAUUUUGAUACAAAAGUAAAGGCCCCAUUGGGCUGUAUAGCAACCAGAGCUUUAAGGGUGUUAUGAGACUUGUAAUUACUCCAUGUGCUUGCUUGAGCUGAACAAUUUUUGGGUUUUUGGAUGAAGACUUCUGUACAGUCAAUUAUUGAAGUUGUUUUGGGAUACUUGAGUUUAAAUGAUAAUGGCAUGUGUUUCCUGACCUUUUCACUUGCUGGCCACUUAACUACAGAGUCUAGAAUUUGAGCUAAAAAAUUUAUCCAGGUGCUAAAGAGGGUUGAAACAUGUCCAACAGAAACACCAAAUAGUACAGCAAGAGUUGAAUUAUCUAAUCCCAGUCUUAAUUUCAACAUUACUAUAACAAAUUCCUCUUUCAUAGAUAGUUUUCUCUGUCUACCUGGUUUAUUUUGCUGUUUUUCUUGCCAUUUCUUGGAUCCUGACCUCCCAGCCCCUUUCCAAAAUGAAACCUUGUCAUAAAAUACUGCAAGGAAUUGCAAAAAGAAUGUAAGAAAACUAAGAGAGGGUAACCCUAGAAAAUGCUUGAUGUUUUUGUCAUCUUGAAGUACUUUGUUGAGAAGUUCCUUCCGGAAAUCAACUUCACGGGAUUUUAGGAUUUCAUUCUCUUUUCUCAGUUCUUUGUUUUCUACUUCAAGUUCUCCGCAUUUAACCUGGAAUAAAUUCAAUCACCACAUUCACAAUAUAUAGAUUGUGGAGUGAAUGAUCAGUGUGGUGGAUACAGAGACAAUCCCCCACCCACCCCAUUUAUUCCCUAAAUGUGUAGUAAUCCACACUAUACAUUAUUAUCACAAAUAAUUAUGAUCUUUUUAAACUUGUGCAUGAAUAUUUAUUGCACUUAUCAAGAGAUUUAAGUAAUUUUCAAAUAUAUUAAAUGCAUGUACUAUAUUAAGAAUAUAUACAACCGGUACCAAUCAGGGUUUUAUCCAGCUUUUAGAUGCUAGGCCUACUACCCAUUUCAUAUUUAAAGGGAAUUUUUUAAAAUGAAGUCAUGAGCUUCCUUGGGAGGGGGUUGGGUUGGGGGACAAUCCUCAGAUUAUAUCUCAAAACAGGCAUACAAAUUGAUUGAUUACUUGCAAUACUUUGAUAAUUAAAGAAAGUGAUUAAUAAUAAUAUAUAAAGAUGAUUUUUGUUGAAAUUCUCAUACAAUUUUGUGUAGUUUCAGAAACUUUCUACAAAUGAAGGUAAAUUUUACCUGUGGAAGGGGAAAUACUUAUUUGAUCAAUGUCAAAGGGGGGAAGGUAUUGAAUAAAUAUUGCUUGAAUUAAAAAUUUCUGGAUCCACCACUAAUAAUCCAAGUGAACAAAAAUAGAAGAGCAGUAAAGAAAUAAAAUCGGCACAAUAUAUUUAUACUGAUGACUUAUGCUUUUACUUUGCCAGGACUAACUUGCCUCUAAAAGUCUUAUUCUUUCUAUAAGGUCUUGCUCUCUACAAUACUUCAUCUCAGGAUUACAGCAUAUGUAGGAAUGGUCAUGGUGCAAAGUUUGGCAUUGAACAACAUCUAGAAAAAAUAUCCCAGAUUUGAAUAAAUUAAAUUUAUAUUAACAGCAAUUUUUUACAAUUACGUUUGACAAAAGUAAUUAAUGACAAUUAUUUAUUUGCACUAUCACAAUAACAACCAAUGGCUAAGGCACAUAUAUUAUAAUAGCUAGAUUAUACAAAAGAAACAAUAUUAUUCAAAAUAAAAUGAGUGGUUUGAAUGCAUGAAUAUGGCACCAGACAAAAUCAUGUUAUAUCACACUGCAUGUAAGGUGUACAUGAUAUUAAUUAAAUGACACCAAUAUUUAACUAAUUUCAAUAUUUUAUAGCCAAAACAAUUCAUAUACAAUAAUAUACACACAUUGUAUACGAUAUGAAUCUUAUCAAUUUUGCAGUUGCAUUUUUUAAUGAUGAGUGUUUCAAUCCUGGGUUUGGGGGACCAUCAUUGUUCAAAGUGCUUCAAAACACCUGCCAUCACUGAUGUUUUGAUUCAGUUGGGGUGUUUUGGAUUGGUGUUUUGUUAAUAUUACUAUUUAUUAUCAGUGUGUCUCUGCCUCAAUAGGUUUAACCAUACAUUUACCAUCUGGGGAUAUAUACUGGCCACUCAGGUGAGGUGUCCAUGAGUAGCCACUCUAGCAAUUAACAUAUAUGGAUGGGGUAUAAUUAUUUAUACACAAAUAAAGGCCUUGUAAUAUAUCUAAUAUCACACAGUACAUGAGUAUUACUUCUUCUAUGAAUACUUUGUUUCAAUCAUCAAUGACUUCUGUAAUGUCUCCAUGAAGUUAUAUUUAUUUAGAUUACUUAUUUAUAAGCAAAUUUGAAUUGAAUAAACAAGAUGGAAAAAAUGGUAAUUUUUCAGUUUAAUUAAUUAACUCACAGUGACUUGUAAUUGGGAAAAUGCUCCAUUACACAUUACUUUCAAUUAUGUGAAAAUUUGUAAUUAUCAACUAAUCACACACUCAAUUAAAAUUACUUUUUUCAAUUGCCCCAUCCCUACUUAGUAUCAUAAACAUGCACGUAAUAAAUGUUGAACAAACCUG